AGGUAUAUGUAUGUACAUGAUGUAUAGAAAAGUGGAUAAUACUCUGGUGGUAUAUUUCUGUAUGCCUUUGUACUUGCGACUUGGACACAGUUGAACGCGUGAUGGCGCGUGGGUGUGGAGUAGUUGAUGCGUUAUUAUAAUUUGAGGUAAAAAUUAGUUAAUUUAUCUAUGAAAACUAGUUUUAAACUCGAAGAGUGAAGUUGCUUUGCAAAGUACACCACCAGUUUGAUAAUAAUAACAGCAAGUAGAGUUACAAAACUAGUACUACAUUGUCGGGAUCAUUAAACUUUUUUUUGUCAGCCAGGGGAUGAUAGCAUAAGGAUACUGACGAGCGUCACCUGUGUCACUCAGAUGUAUACAGUUAGACGAAACACUGAGUUUAUAUGAGAGAAGAUAACGAUAAUUAAACUUGAGCUUCACCAAGAGUUUGCUCUGAUAAAUAUCCGGCCUCGGAAACAACGGCUACUAUGUAAAAUAAAAAAAAAGGUAUAUUUAUAUUGAUGCCACAUCAGCUGCUUAAAUAUAUCAUCAAUACUUCCUUCCAUCAACAUCAACAAUAACAACAUCAACUCGAAUCUGGAUCAAGUGCUAAGAGUCGCUGCUGCUGAAAGAGAAAGAGUAAUUAUUUAAAAUUACGUGUAACAAGUUGACUCAUAAACCCUCAUAAAAAAAAGGGGCGCACGAUUACUGCGCGUCCGAUCAUUGUACUGUCGACGUAGCAGCACAAACUGGAUUAUUAUUAUUUUUAUUUAUUUUUCACUUGGCUCUAAACUUUUUUAUUUUAUCACUUCAUUUAUUUACAUUAUUUUUAUCGACUCCGACAAGUGAAACACGAGCGUUUAUUGUUGUGUCAUGGUAAUAUCAGUUUGUUAACGCGCACAAAAAUUAUUUUUUUGUUUUCCUUUUUUUUUGCAACAAUUAUCCAUUUACUUUAAAUGCACGUGUGUGAGUUGAUACGACAGCAGUAAUAGGAGGUCGCUAAUCAAGAAGUUUAAUUGAUUUCUCAAUCAAGUUGCGCCAUUUAAUUACUGGGGAAAUUUCUACAACUAAUUGAGAUGAUAAACUUUUCCCUGCGUAAAAUUAUUUCGAACGCUCAAUAGUCAGAUUUAUGUGAUUUUAUGAACUAGUUCUGGUUAACAAACGAUGUCGAGCUGAUAGUAAUUUAAAAAACAAACAAAUUGAUGGUGAAAAUAAGAGACGUGGUAUUGCUGGUGAAGAUGGAGCGAAACGGGAGAAAUUGUUGAUUCAAGUAUGGCUACUGUCGACGUGAAGUAUCAGUGUCACGUGGUAGACAGUAGUAACGGAGAAUAUCAAUUACAAUUGGGAGGCAGGUAUUGAUACUAAAAGUUUUAUGUUAAUUUUCCUGAGGAGUUUGUGAUUAUUUUGAGCUGGUGUUUGUACUGGAAGUUGUAGAGUAGACCAGUAGGAAGUGAGUUGAAUGAAAUACGAAUAAGUCAUCAAACUUAGCCGGCUCAGUGCCAACACAUACGAGGAGCUAGACAGCUCAUAAUGUGUUUGCCCUCGUGCACGAUAGAUUAUAAAAUUAGACGUGCUAAACCACGAUCAACGAGAGUUAGAAGAAUACGACGGACAAAAGAUAAGAUUUAUAGUGAAGACCAAGUAGUUUCUUUACUAUCAAUACGACAUCUGUAUCGUCUUUCGCAUUUACACAUUAGAUGAAAAGAAAAAAAAAGUGUAUCAGAUUUAGCUCAAAAAAAAGUAAAAUAGUAAACAUCACUCUUGUGAUCUCACGAGCAUGGCAUUAAAGCUUUACACAAUCAUGACGCAAUAGGGUUCAAUUGAUUAAAUGGAUAAGUAAAGCUGGAUGGAAUAAAACGAGAGAACCACAGGGUGACUUUAUAAAAAUAUAAUAGUAAUAAUAAAUAAUUAAAAUGAUGAAUCUAAAUAAAGAAGGUGAAUUUAAAUGACUGAGCCUUCUUGCUGAAGAAGACUAAAGAUUUAUAAAUAAUUUGCAUGCAAGUACAAAUGUCUAGCUUAACAAUAUCAGCUAGAACAAUGCCCUUGUCACUACCGACUCCGUUCGUGCCUAUGAGCGCAAUUUCAUCACAAACAUACAUAGGAUCUAAUGAAAAUAAUCAUUUGCCGCCAUUGAAACCGGGUAAUUAUGUACCCAAGCAAGGCGAAUCACCACCGAGUCAUCUGACCCACUCGAGCCACAGUGGUAGCACCCACUUGCCUAGUUUAGGAUCAAGCGCCAAUAACAGUUUACAAAAUUUAACGAUUAAUUCGGACAGCCUUAAUUUGAGCCUUAGUUCUCAUGUCAGUCACAACAGUCACAACACGAGUCACAAUUCCCAUUCGCAACAGUCGAAUAGCAGUCAGUCGAGCAGUCCGAUGAUUAAAAAUGGACGGACUGAGAGUAAUUCAAACAAGUCUGCGCUGAAAGCGGCGGUAUCACCAGAGAUUGUCAUGAAACUUUACAUGAAUAAACUUACGCAGUAUGAACAGCAUGAAAUAUACGCGUACCCGCAGAUUUACUUUAUUGGAGCGAAUGCCAAGAAACGUCCAGCAAUGCUGGGACUACCCAACAAUCAUAAUUACGACAAUGAACAGGGCUCUUAUAUCCACACGCCCCACGACCAUGUGGCUUACAGGUACGAAGUCCUGAAGGUUAUUGGCAAAGGAUCAUUUGGUCAAGUCGUGAAAGCUUAUGAUCACAAAAAUCAUGAGCACGUAGCUCUGAAAAUGGUGAGAAAUGAAAGGCGAUUUCAUCGACAGGCACAAGAGGAAAUUCGUAUUCUUGCUAAUUUAAGAAAACAAGACAAGGACAAUGCUAUGAAUAUUAUUCAUAUGUUCGAUUCAUUUACAUUUAGAAAUCACAUGUGUAUAACAUUUGAAUUACUUAGUAUAAAUCUUUAUGAACUUAUUAAAAAAAAUAAAUUUCAAGGAUUUAGUCUGCAGUUAGUUAGAAAAUUUUCCCAUUCACUGCUACAAUGUUUGGAUGCCCUAUACAAAAAUAAAAUAAUUCAUUGUGACAUGAAGCCAGAGAAUGUGUUGUUGAAACAACAGGGUCGAAGUGGUAUUAAGGUGAUCGACUUUGGUUCGAGUUGCUAUGAGGAUCAGCGAGUGUACACGUACAUUCAAAGUCGGUUUUAUCGAGCGCCCGAGGUAAUACUGGGCGCUAAAUAUGGAAUGCCGAUAGAUAUGUGGAGUUUGGGAUGUAUUCUUGCGGAAUUAUUAACGGGCUAUCCGCUUCUACCGGGUGAGGAUGAGGCUGAUCAAUUGGCGUGUAUCAUUGAACUCUUGGGAAUGCCACCGAGGCGAUUGUUGGACAGUGCCAAACGUUCUCGUCAGUUUUUUAGCUCAAAAGGCUAUCCGAGAUAUUGCAAAGCGACAACUACUACCCAUGGUACCACAUUAUUACACGGUGGAGUGUCACGUCGUGGUAAAAUUCGUGGCCCGCCCGGUUCAAAAGAUCUCAAGGAGGCACUCAAGAACUGUGAGGAUCCGCUAUUUUUGGAUUUCAUACGCAAGUGUCUGCAGUGGGAUCCAGAACAACGGAUGACACCCAGCAAAGCACUGAGACACGCAUGGCUGAGAAGACGACUACCGCGGCCACCUGAUGACAAGGUCGAUGUAAUUUCCAGCCACUCGGUACAGCCGACAGCAGCUGUAGUGACAACAUCCGGAAGCCGGAGCUCCAGUAAGACAAAUGCCCAUGGAUCAGCAGGAUUGUCCAGCAAGUUGCGCGAACUUAAUGACCAGAGGUCCUCGACAAUCCAAUCCCGACAUCCUCAGCAACCUCCACUUGGCAGCCACCCCGUAGUGUCCUCAGUCGGUAGUGGAAGCGGUGGCGGACACUCAAUAUCAUCCUCAAAUCAUCCUUCAUUGGCGCAAUCAAAUCAUCAGCCACUCAACGCAGUUUCAGCGCACAAACAUCAACAAUUGCACUCACACAACGGCUCUCACGAGUCCUCGCACGACAGCCACAGUUCUCAUGGAUCUUCUAGUGGGUCAAGUAGAUACGUCGUUAGCAAAGAGAUAACAUUAGUAGAUCCUUGGCGGUAAAUUAAGACUGUGUGUGUUUAUGUAAAUGUGUAUGUGGAUACGAAGUUAUCUAUAGAGUUAUAUAUAUAUAUAUACAUCUUAUAUUCAGCAUAAAAUUAUAAUUACAAUGGUAAUAGUAAUAAUGUGUGUUCGAAAAUUGGGAAUAGAUCUCAAGUGCCGUUAGAUGAUAAAUCUAUGCACUAGCUUUCGGUAUUGAUAUCGAAGUCACGCGGUUGUGGUCAGGAAAUUUCCCAGAGCCCAUUGUUUAAAGUUAUAGAUUAUGAUUACUAUAAUUAUUAUCAUUAUUCUUGGUUGUCUUCUAGGCGCUAGACGUUAAUCAAGUGCCAUUCACUAAUGAAUGGAGCAAGCUUACUAUGUAAAUUCAUUUUUAAUUAUGCUAAAAUAGUGUAUUUUAUUUACCCGUUUAAAUUUCAAUGAACAAAAAAAUAAUUUUAAUAAUAACGACUAAAUAAAAUAACAUCAUUAAGUCAGUAUUGAUAUGUAUUACUGCUAAAUAAUGAUUAAUAUAAAUUAUUAAAACUUUUGACAAACGAUUAAAUGACAUUGGGCGCGAAAAUAAAAUAACGAUUUAAAUUUUAAAAAUAAACGAUCUAAAUAAUUUCAAGACUUAGAAAAUUUAGCUUAGACAUUAUUAUUAAAUACAGAAUGUCUUGUGAUAUAAAACUUAGGCGUCUAUUGUGGUUUAUAUAUAUAUAUAUACAUAUACAUAUAUAUAUAUAUAUAAACCGAUAAAGGUAAUUAUUUUAUCGCGCUAUAGAGACUAAGUAAAAUAAAUGAUUAAUGAUAAGAAUUAAAAGUAGUGAUGAAAAAAGAAAGAAAAAAAGAAAAAAAAAAGUUUAGUCGUAUUUAUCAUGUAAUCUAAAGUAAAAUUAAAUUGACUACAGUGAUGACCCAGUGUAUUUAAGUAUCGCGCAUUAUCGUGUUAUUUUAAAAUAUUUUUUCUCAAUCUCUCUAAUAAGUACAGUACUAAUAUAUUUUUAUUUUGUCAGAUUGCUCAGGUGCAAUCUAUAAAACCGAAGAUAACACAUAACAUUAUUAUUAUCAUAAGCAUGGUUUUCAUAUAUUUAUAUUUGUAUUUGUACUUUUUUUUCGCUUAAUCAUUUACUCGUAUUCAUGUGUAUUUAAAUUAUCAUUAAUUGUGAUGUUUUUUUUUUAACUUUUAUUACAAUCACUCUUCACUGCCAGUCUCAAAAAAUUUAUUUAACAUAAAUUAAUAUUAAUUAAUAACUUUUUUUUAUAAUUACGCUGUAUUAUUUCCUAGCGAUGUUGAAUUUAUUUUGAGACGAUGCAUUUGUUUUCCAGUAAUUGUGUUUUGUAAAUUGUUUUAAUUUACGACGUAUUAUUAUAAUUAAUAUUAUUUAUACAAUAUAUGCAUGCUCGUAUAUUAAUUUUAAUUAAUUAAUAUUACAUCAAAUAUUUCAAUUAAGCUAUAUAUCUUUUUAUUUUAAUCAAACGGUUUCAAUACCAAAUCAUAGAGAGGAUUUACAUUUUUGCACGACUCAUGAUGCGAAGCAUCUGAGAUGUGCUUUACGAUCGAAAAAUUUUUUUUUUUUUGUGACUACAUAAUUUUAUUGACAAACGAUUACAACUAGCGAACAAAAUAUCACAGGCUAGACAAUUAUAUGACUUGUAAUUGUAAUUAAAAAAAAAGAAAAAAGUCAUUUACAUAAAAAAUGGACAGUAAUUGUCACUAAUGUGAUGUGUAUUCGGUUAGACUAAUAAAUGAACCUGGUAAAUUUAAUUAAAAUUAUAAAUUUUUGAUUAAAUAUUAAUUGUUUGACAUUACUCGUGAAAAAAUAGAUUAGAUCUACGUAGAUUUAAUUUAGAUCUAUGUUGAUUUAAUGUAGAUCUGUGUAGAUUUAGAUCCAAAGAUGCAUAAAAAAAAGUGUAUCUACAUAGACUGGGAUAGAUCUACUUGGAUCUAUAUAGAUCUCCGUAGAUCUAAUUAAUUUUUCACGGGUACACAUUAGGGUGGUCGUUAAAAAUUUAAUUUUAUCAGGCGCCCUAUAAAAAGCUUCUUUUCAGUGAUAAAAUACGUGGAGAAUUUGGUUUUUUCUUUUUACGUAAAAAGAACACGUGCCACAGGACGAUCAAAGUUCAUUUUUCGAUGCAGUCGCGGUUUUUUUUAAAUAUCUCAUGAAAUAUGCAGAUUAAAGAAAAAAAUCAUAGAAACAAUUUUGUAGGAAACUAAAUUCUUGACAAAAAAGGUCAUGUUCAUUUUUUUUAUAAAAUGUGUAUUCAUGAAGAUAUUUUUAGAAAACUUUUUUAGAUCUUAUCAAUUGAGCAUUUUAAGGAUAACGAAUGUCAAAGAUAACGUUUUUUCUUAAAUAUAGACAACUUCGUAACUCGUAACAUAUCAAUCCUUAAUGCUUGUUAUAGUUUCUAUAUACUUAGAAAAAUGUUAUUUUCAAAAUUUGUAAUCCUUAAAACGCUCAAUUCAUCAGAUCUAAAAAAAGUUUUUUAAAAAUAUCUUCAUAAAUACACAUUUUAUAAAAAAAAUGAAUAUGACCUUUUUUGUCAAGAAUUUAAUUUUCUACAAAAUUGUUCCUAUGAUUGUUUCCUUUAAUCUGCAUAUUUCAUGAGAUUUAAAAAAAAAACCGCGAUUGUAUCUAAAAAUGAACUUUGAUCGUCCUGCGGCACGUGUUCUUUUUACUUAAAAAGAAAAAACCAAAUUCCCCACUUAUAUUUUCACUAAAAAGAAGCUUUUUAUGUGACGUCUGAGAAAAUUAAAUUUUUAACGACCACCCUAGUACACAUAUAUAUAAUUAUUAUUAAAGACUUAUUUAUAUAUAAUUUACUUGAUUAUGUUCUAAACUGAAAAUUUAAAAAGCUUGAAAUAUAGUUAAUUGAUAAAAAAAAAAUAUAUAUAUAUAUUAAAAUCAUAAUUGAACUGAAUUAAAGAGACUUUGUCGUGUCUCAUUGUACUAUAUGAGUGAAUGUUUGUAUUAUAAAAUAAUAAUCGAUGCAUUUAGGACCUUCAUGAGUUAUAAAUAAUAGAAAUCAUAACGUGAUUACUUGAAUCAUUUACCGAAUAAACUUUCUUUUAUAUAUUUACAAUUUUUUUUUUUUUUUUUUAAUAAUAUAAAAAUUGUAUCAUCUACUUGCAUAAAAGAAAUUUUUUAAAUUUUGUAAUUGAUGAGAAAAUAUGAAUCAAUUGAUUUAUAAAUUAUUUAAUGAUAACACUAAUUGAAUUAAUUGUGAAAAAAAUUUUUAUCAAAUAAUUUAAUAUUGAAAUUUGGCAAACGUUUGUAUUUAAAAGAAAAUAAUAAACAAAAAAAUUUUAUACAAGCCUAUACAUAAAAAUAAUAAUAAUAAUAAACAAAACGUUAAUGCGAUAUUAGAUGAAAAAAAUAAUAUUGAUUAUUAGUUAUUAUUAUUAUUGCUAUUAUUAAUUAUCAUUGUAUUUAUAUAUUUCAAAAUAUAUAUAUAUAUAUAUAUGCACAAAGGUGGAAAUUAGAUUGAUAUGAUAAAUAAAAUGAAAUAAAAUAUAGACUGCCACUUAUACCGUAUUACAUCUAAAUUAAAAAAAAUAAAAGAUUUUUAAAAAAUAAUUGAUUAUGAUUAUGACAAAUAUUGCAGCCGACCAAUUCGUACUUUUUUUACUUUAACGUAAUCCCAACUGGUCCACUGGCAGCCAAAAAUGGGCAUAAAAAAUUGAGUAAAAAUAGAAAUAAAUUUAAUUAACGCGUUCAAGCGGGGAAAAGGGUCUGAGAUACAAAAAAAAGAGGAUAUUUUUGUGAUUUUUUUUCUGGAGUUCCUUCUAUAUUAAAAUUAUCAAAAUUUGCGAGAUUAUUAAGCAUCAUUCCAAAAAUAUUCUGCUAAAUUUUCAUUAAAAAAUUUUGAAAAAUAAGCCAGUGGUAGUGGGGAGAGCAGAAACACCUCAAAAAAAAAGUCUCGAUGCCGUAGGCAGGAUAACUCAUGACUGCUACAUUUGAAAUCAAAAAACCAAAAAUAUUUCUUUAGUACGUAAGUUGAUCUUGGAUUUGAACGAAGGAUUUUUUUUUUCAAUAACUACUUAUUUUUUAAUUCAACAAAAGGAGCAAUUUUCGGUAAAUUUCCGAGUUUUUUUAUUGUACUUUUAUCGAAAAUUCAAAAAUGAAUAUUUCGUUUAUUCCUUCGUUCAAAAUCGAUAUAAACUUACGUACCCAAGAAAUCUUUUUGGUUUUUUUAUUUCAAAUGAAGCAGUGAUGAGUUAUCCUGCCUACGACAUAGAGUUUUUUUUUAGAUGACUCGUCUCUCCCCACUACCACUGGUUUAUUUUUAAAUAUUUUUUUAUGAGAAUUUAGCAGAAUAUUCUUGGAAUGAUUCUUAAUAAUCUCACAAAUUUUGAGAAUUUUAAUAUAGAAGCAACUCCGAAAAAAAAAAUCACUAAAAUAUCCUCUUUUUUUGUAUUUCAGACCCUUUUCCCCCCUUAUGUAACACUAGAUUGAACAAAUUAAUAAACUAAGUUAUAAUAAUAAUAAUAAAUAAGCAUGAUAUUGUGAGUAUUGUAUAAAGAAAACAUUAUAACUGUUGUGAUUUAUAAAAAAAAUAAUUUUUUUUUAAUUAAAAAUAAUGAUUGCUUUCUAUGUGCAAGUUAAAUUAACAAUUAACAUUAAAUAAUUAUAUAAAUUAAAAAUAAUUUAAAAAAAAAUAUAAGCGAAAAAACUUUCUCAACUAUUGUAUCUUUUAAAUUAAUAAUCCACAUUUAAAUUAAGUCUUUUUAUGAUUAAGUGACAGUGAAAAAGUUUGAUCUCUUAUCAUUAUUAUUGUUAUUAUUAUUAUUAUUAAUUUAAAUACUUAUGAUUGUAAACAAAAAUGAAAUAAAAUAAAAAUAAUAAUUAUGACGAACUCGAGUUCGCAUUUAAUUUACAAUGUUGACGCCAAGUUAAUUAUUAAUUGUACGCGUUGAUAAGUAGAUUGUAAUAAUAAUUGAAUUGUAUAAUUGAUUAAUUGAUUGAUUGAUUAUAUAAAAUAUUUAAAAAAUGGCAAUACAAAUAUGGAAUUUUUUAAAAAUAAAUUAAACC